GCUUACAAUGCUCCCAAGGUAUGUGAACUCAUCCACUUCCUCAACCCGCUUCCCAGCUACCGACACAACAUCACCACGUUUGGUACCAAUACGCAUCAGCUUUGUCUUGGUGGCAUUGAUCUUCAGGCCUACCUUCGCACUUUGUACCUCCAAGGCUCGUGUCUUAUCCCUCAUAUCCUGUAUUCUGUGCGACAGUAGGGCCAGAUCAUCGGCAAAGUCAAGAUCUUCUAAUGAUGUCGUAAAGGUCCACUGAAUACCUCUUUUAAUGCUGGUAGAACACAGAAAGAAUAUAUCUCAAACCUAAGAAAGGGCAGAGUAUUGCAAAAUUUAAAUUGGGUAAAUAAUAUAUUUCAGUAUAGCUUUUGGCAACGGAAAACAAAAUUGGUAUCAUUCGUCGCAUCGCCGCGCUGUUAACAAAUGUGAACCAGCCUGUCAGUGAAGUAAAAACCUCUCAUGUAUUUUUUGUCAUUUCUUUAGGAAUACAGAAGAAAAAUCUACGUUGACAGCAAAGUUGAGAAGAAUCCUUGGUACGCAAUCAAGUCCAACAUCCGGGUUAGCGACAGAAGGAAUACAUGUUUUUCGUCGUAACGCGGCAAAGUGCUUACGCCAAUCAUAACCUGCUUCGACGGAUAUGACAACCAAGGUACCAGAGGAGGCGCACGCAUGCAAGCAAUGCGGCCAGUUCUUUAACCAGUUAUCAGCUUACAAGGAGCAUGAACGAACUCACACGGGAGAGAGGCCGUAUAGAUGCAAAUAUUGUACCAAGUGCUUUAGGUGCUCAUCAUUUUGCAAGCGACAUGAACAAACUCACACAGGAGUGAAGCCGUAUACAUGCAAACAUUGUAGAAAGUGCUUUAGUCAGUUAUCAAAUUGCCAGGUGCAUGAACGGAUUCACACAGGAGAGAAGCCGUAUUCAUGCAAGCAUUGUAAAAAGUACUUUAGUAGCUCAUCAUCUUGCAAGCAACAUGAACGAACUCACACAGGAGAGAAGCCGUAUUCAUGCAAGCAUUGUAAAAAGUAUUUUAGUAGCUCAUCAGCUUGCAAGGUGCAUGAACGAAUUCACACAGGAGAGAAGCCGUAUUCAUGCAAGUAUUGUAAAAAGUGCUUUAGACAGUGUGGAAUUUGGAAGCAACAUGAACGAACCCAUACAGGAGAGAAGCCGUAUUCAUGCAAGCAUUGUAAAAGGUGUUUUUGUAGCUCAUCUGCUUGCAAGCAACAUGAACGAACUCACACAGGAAUAAAGCCGUACACAUGCAAGCAUUGUAAAAAGGGCUUUGGUGGCUCAUCAGAUUGCGAACGACAUGAACGAACUCACACAGGAGAGAAGCCAUAUUCAUGCAAGUAUUGUGAAAAAUGCUUUGCCCAAUUAGGAACUUGCAAGCAACAUGAACAAACUCACACAGGAGAGAAGCCAUAUUCAUGCAAGUAUUGUGAAAAAUGCUUUGCCCAAUUAGGAACUUGCAAGCAACAUGAACGAACUCACACAGGAAUGAAGUCGUUUAUAUGCAAGCAUUGUCAUAAGUGCUUUAGUGACUCAUCGGCCCUUGAGCGGCACGAACAAAUUCACACAGGUGUUAAGAAGCCGUAUAAAUGGAAGCAUUUCAAAAAAAGCCCUAGCCGGUCAUCAAUCUGGAAGGCACGUGAAGAAAGACACGCAACAAACAGUCCUUCAAAAGGCGAGCAGCAUAAUCAGUACUAUCAACCAACAAGACACCUUCAGGAUCCAGCUACAAGUCACGGUGGGGAAAAUUCAAGCCAAGUUGAGCGCCUCACCUGUUGGAUUUGUCAGGAGGAAUUUAGUGACGAGACAUGUCUCAUCCAACAUUACGAUGAUCAUAUGAUAUAUCGGGAUAUAGGGACCUCUUUGAUGAAUAUGGCAACGGAGACACUAGGGAAGACUCACGAAUGCAAACAUUGUGGCCAGUUCUUUGACCAGUUACCAGCUUACAAGGAGCAUGAACGAACUCACAUUGGGGUGAAGCCGUAUAUAUGCAAGCAUUGUGAAACGUGCUUUAGCCAAUUAGGAAAUUGCAAACAACAUGAACGAAUUCACACAGGAGAGAAGCCAUAUCCAUGCCAGUAUUGUAAAAAGGGCUUUAGCCAGUUAGCAAAUUGCAAGGCACACGAACGAACUCACACAGGAGAGAAGCCGUACACAUGCAAGCAUUGUAAAAGGUGCUUUAGCCAAUUAGGAAAUUGUAAGACACAUGAACGAACUCACACAGGAGAGAAACCGUAUAAAUGCCAGUAUUGUAAAAAGUGCUUUAGCUGGUCAUCAGCUUGUAGGAAACAUGAACAAACUCACACAGGAGAGAAGCCGUACACAUGCCAGUAUUGUAACAUGUGCUUUAGCCAAUCCGGAAAUUGCAAGCAACAUGAACGAACUCACACAGGAGAGAAGCCGUAUACAUGCAAGCAUUGUAAUAAAUGCUUUAGCCAAUCAGGACAUUUCAAGCAACAUGAACGAACUCACACAGGAGAGAAGCCUUAUACAUGCCAGUAUUGUAAAAAGUGCUUUAGGGAGUUAUCAUAUUGCAGGAAACAUGAACGAAUUCACACAGGAGAGAAGCCGUAUACCUGCCAGUACUGUAAAAAGUCCUUUAGGUGGUCAUCAAAUUGUAAGCGACAUGAAGAAAACCACGCAAUAGACUGUUCGCUAAAAGACAAACAGCAUGGUCAAUACCUAAACCUACGGAGACCUCUUCAGGAGCCAACAACAGAUCACGGUAGCGUAAAGUCCCCUACGUUGUUGUCUUCGACUGAAGAAAAGUCAGGCCAAGUUGAAAGCCUCACCUGUUGGAUUUGUCAGGAGGAAUUAAGCAGCGAGGCAUGUCUCAUCCAACAUUACGAUGAUCAUACGAGACAAAACUGUACGACGCUUAUAGAAUACAGCAGAAACAUCUAUCUUCGCAGCAAACUUGACGAGACUCGUGCUUUAUUGAGCAGUUAUCAGCUUACAAGCACCAUGAACAAACACGCAGUAGAGAAGUCAUAUACAUGCAAGCAUUGUAAUAAAUGCUUUAGCGACCGUUCAUCUCAUAGGCAACAUGAACGAAUUCACACUGGAGAGAAGCCGUACCAGUGCAUUCAUUGUGGAAAGUGCUUUAGUCGCUCGUCAAAUCGCAGGAGACAUGAACAAACUCACACAGGACUGAAGCCGUUUACAUGCAAGCAUUGCAAUAAGGGCUUUGGCCGCUCAUCAGAUUGCAAGCGACAUGAACGAACUCACACAGGAGAGAAACCGUAUUCAUGCAAGCAUUGUGAGAAAGGCUUUAACCAAUUAGGAAAUUGCAAGGAACAUGAACGUCUUCACACAGGAGUGAAGCCAUAUUCAUGCAAGCAUUGUAACAAGUGCUUUAGCCAAUUAGUGAGUUGCAAAGAACAUGAACGAACUCACACAGGAGAGAAGCCAUAUACAUGCAAGCAUUGUAAUAAGUCCUUUAGCCAAUUAGCAACUUGCAAGCAACAUGAGAGAACUCACACAGGAGUAAAGCCGUAUACAUGCAAGCAUUGCAACAAGUGCUUUGGCCAAUUAGCAACCUGCAAGCAACAUGAACGAACCCACACAGGAGAGAAGCCGUAUACAUGCAAGCAUUGUAACAAGUGCUUUAGUCGGUUAUCAAACUGGAAGAAACAUGAAGAAAGACACGCAAGAGUUGCUUCUUUAAAACUCAAGGAGCAUGAUCAGUGCUUUCAGCAACCUCAGGAGCCAGCUGCAGCUCACGGUGGCGAAAAGUCAGAUAUGUUGUUGUCUUUGACUGCAGAAAGUUCAAGCCAUGUUGAAAGCUUCACUUGUUGGGUUUAUCAGGAGGAAGUCACUAGUGACACGUGUAUCGUUUAACAUUACGAUGAUCAAAUGAGAUAAAAACGACGCGUUUACCUCAUUCAAAGGUAUAAAUCUCGCUCUUAAUUUUACUGUUUUCCUAUUUUUUGUGUACAACAUGUUUCAUAGAGUCACCAGGGAAAAAUGUGAAUCCUAGGGAAGCAGUCUCGUAUGUUACGGUGGAACCCGCUUAAUACGGACACUAACGCUGCGCGCAAAAGUGUCGUUAUUAUCCGGGUGUCCUCAUUAACGGAGAUCACAGAAUAAACGUCAAGAAUACAUGUUUUAUCGAAACCGGCACAGACUAAAGCAUUCAAUCUCUAAGUAUCGCUUUUAGCUCGGGUGAUUUUUAAAUUAGCUUGAUGUAAAUACCUUUCUUUUUUUUCUUUUUAAGCUUUAUAAUGUUGUACAUUACUUAAUUUCAAUCGUGGAACACCUGCAAACUAGCGAACAGCUAAGUGUGUACUUGUCCACGUUAAAUAAAGUAUGUCUAUGUCUAUGUCUAUGUCUAAGUAUUCGAACGAUGUUUGAACUAGAUCUCUUACCUGUAGAAGAAGCCUUACGCUCAUUCAAACGUGUUAAUGUUUGGCACUAAAAAAAAUUUGAUUUCUUUUAUACCACUGCAUACUCGACACCGUAAUUAUUGAUGUAACUUUGGUAGUUUUGUAAACAAGCGUCAGUCUAUAGGAACGACUUGCUGAGUGCAAUUAGUAACUAUUGACUUGUAUUUCACAUUGCUGUAACGUUGAAUUAUUGUAGAAAGAUUUUUACAGGCCAGAAGGUCCGAAGAAAACUUCGUGAGUAAGGUUACGCUAAAGUUUAGUUCGUACUUUUACGAUGGCUUGAAAUGUUUUGUUAGAAUGUUAAUGAAAGUUUCGUUUAUUCCUGGUUUAGCACGAUUACCAUAACUGAUUCGAUUUAGCGCCUUUGAACGUGAGUUUGUUGACAAGCUCCUGUUUUCCAAUUGGCGUGUUAGUGUCAAGUAAGAAAUGAGCGCCCCGCCUGUCCUGUCUGCAAUAAGCGUCUCAUUCCCUUUAGAUGUGAAAACGACUAAAAAUUACUGGCUUUCACCAAAGGAAAGAAAGAAGUAAAUAUGCUUCUGCUUCAACAGAAUAGAUAGUGGGUAGCGUAGCCAAUCAGAGAAUGGCAUUCGUGAUACAGAGAACGCUAGUAGAUUUAUACUGACACUGUUACAUACCGUUUAUUUACGCAGGGUAACUUUAUAAAGUUCAACUAGAAGUAUGGAAUUGACGGUCCACAUUGUCCACAUUCAUUCACACACAUUCAUUUUAGUAUUACAGUCAUUCUACAGACACAUCAUUCAUCCUUGUUUACACUGAACACGCCCAGGCGAAAGAAGUCUGAAGUCGACCCCAAACAACUCUGCAGAGGUCAAUUGAAACGUUUUCCUUGGUGUCUCGGUUUUGUUUCUUGUUUGGUGAAAUUAUAUGAAAAUUAAACCGAGCACCAAGCGAUCGUUGACUCGCCCCAGCCGCCUUCUUACAGCAACCCCCAGAAAUCUCGAGUUGAGUAUUGGAAGGGGUCAAAGUAAUUUAAGUAUUAUGCUACCGUGCUGACGCGGCUACGUGGCUACGCAGUUACGCGGCUUCACUGUACCUUAUCUUAGUAGCCGCGUAGCCAGGUGGCUACUUGGCUACUUGGCUGCAUUUGGAGUGGACGGGUAUUCUACAGUUAAGCCCGUGUUUUGUUUUGCAUAGUGUAUUGACCUGCCUGAGAAAGGAGAGCGCAAAUGGACGGUACCGCAAUAUUCGUGAAGGACCUUCUUCUACCGAAUACCGUCAGCCAAAAGGAUGAAAAAACCGUAUACCGCCGGGCUCUAUCAUACCGCGAUACCGCACGUCAAGAUUUAAAUUACCGAAAUACCGCAUGAAAAAAUCUCAAUACCGCAAUACCGUAAACCCCAGUGUCCCCCUCAGAAAUGGCCCACACACCUAGCCCAUCCUUGUUUCCAUCUGCCUGGAUGGACAAAUAAAAUUCAGGUCCCAUCCGCCCGGUCCGCCACUGUGUUUUUAAGAAACGAGAAUGUGUCUCUGGAACUUAUCAAAACACUUUUUCUUCGCCGCGCCGGCACUCGUUUCGUUCAAGUCAUUCACACCUCUAGCCUCCUACGCAGACGCUAAUUUGGCUCGUCACGCAAUCUUUCUCCUUCCUUCGUGGGGGAGGAAGAUUGCGUGACGCACCCGUCUGGAAAAUCGGGAGACUGGGCUCCAGUGUAAUUAGUGAAAUGGCGUCCAUCGUGUGAUUUGCUGUGCAAGUUGUUGUCGCUGCUUUUUCAAGGGAUAUGGCAGCACAGUUGACAAGAUGCCUUGAAAGGAAAGCAAGUCCAACAUCAGGGUUAGCGACGAACAGAAGGAUUGUUUUUCGACGUAAAGCGACAUUAUGUUUCAGCUAAUCAUAGCCUGCUGUGAUGAAUAUGGCGACAGAGGUACCAGAGAAGACACACGAAUGCAAGCGUUGUGGCCAGUUAUUUGACCAGUUAUCACCUUACAAGGAACAUGAACGAA